AGGGAGGGGAAGGAGAGAGGGAGAGGGAGGAGAGAAAAAGGAAGCUCUCCGAUAAGUUUCUGUGUAUAUUUCUCCAAAGUUAGACAAACUUUGACAAACCGAGGUAUGAUUGGACGCUUUGUGGGGAUCAACGUGCUGAAGAGAGACGUCUGAAGGGCAGGACGGACCGCGGUUUGUCAGCAGUUGUACACAACUCAUGACAACAUAAAAUAUUAACACUUUUAAGGCCUUGGGCCUCGAGUAACCACAGAGAGCCCGUGGACAGAGAAGAAGAGACACAAUGUCCUCCGACUUGGACUCUAGUCUCACUAGUAUUGACUGGCUGCCUCAGCUGGGAAUCAGCAGCCUCCGCUCUGGGAGGGAGAGAGGAGGAGGAGUGGAGAGGGACAAGAAGAAAGACAGGGGGAGGGAGAGAGGAGACUUCCUACCCUCAGUGCCGGACCCAUCCCCUUCUAACUGUAAAGGGAAACCCCCCCACAGCUACGCCACUCUCAUUGCCAUGGCGAUAGCGGCUGCACCUGAGAGGAAGUUGAGUUUAAAUGACAUCUACACCUGGAUCAGUGACACUUUCCCCUACUACAGCCGAGCAGGCCGCGGAUGGAAGAACUCCAUUCGGCACAAUCUGUCACUCAACAAAUGCUUCAGGAAAGUUCCUCGACCACAGAACGACCCUGGCAAGGGCUCGUAUUGGACGAUGGAUGGACCUUCAGAGGGGAAUCAAAUGAGAGCACCUAAACGUCCCUAUCCUGAGGAGGAAGAGGAAGAGGAGCGGGAGGAAGUCCCUCAUAUACCGGAGACACAAGUUGAGAGAAGGCCCUCCCCACAUCAACCUCAACCAGCAGCUCAUACAGACCUCACGCUUCUGAACCCAGAACCACUUGGAGCCAUCCAGCAGCAGUCCCCCCAGUCUGUGUCCCUGUCCCCUCCCCCAUGCAAGCAACCGUCACCCUACAUGCCACACUCCUUGUCCAGCCUCCCGGUCUCUCACCCAUCCGUCCCUCUGUCCGCCGGGCUCCCGUCUGUCGCUCCGCCCAUGUCAUCCAUCAACUCUUUCCCUCCUCCCCACCCGAGCGGCUCCACCUUCUCCAUCCCCGCUGCUUCUGUGCCCCCUCUGUCCGCUGCCAGCAUGUCCACCUCUUCCCCGGCUGCCCCACCUUACUCCGGUGCUGCAUUGACCUUUCCGGCCGGUCCAGGCCCUAUGUCUGUCCCUGCCUUCUCCUGCCCUCCCAACUCGACGCCGGCGCCCGUCUGCACCGUGUCAGGGCCACAUCACUCUUCCGUGUCAGCUGCCCCUUCAUCCGUUGCCGCCCCUCCUGCCGUUUCACUCAACACCUCGGCCGAUCUUCCAAUGCGUUUCACCUUCGACGAGCUCAACUUGCCAGACUUGUACGCCUCUUUCAAGUCCCUCUUCAAGACAAUGCGAGAGCGGGGAGGCUCACAGUCGGAUGUUGCUCCCCUUUUUGUCCCGAGUAAUGACACUACCCCUCUCCACACUCCAACUCUGCUACCAAUGUCUCCUCAUCCUUCUCCCGCGCUGUCUGUCCCACACGCGCCGCGUGCACCAUCUGCACUGUCUGCGCCACCUGCAACAGCUGCGCCAUCCGUACCAGCUGCACAUCCUCCCGACACGGAGCGGAUUUCACAGUACACGGUGCCACCUGACUGGCUCAGUAAUCCAGAUUCUCUGAAGGAGAGUUUCCGCAUUGCCAGCAAUCUAGACUGGGCAAACAUAGACCUCUCUGGUCACCCAGACCUGCUGGAGAGCAUGCGCCAGGCGGAGCUCUGCGACUGGGCCCUGGACCCGACGCUCUUCACCUCCCUCUGUGACUCUCUGAACCGCUUCUUCACUCAGAAAGGCAUGAUCACCUCUGGGAAUAACUCCCCGCUAGCCCUCGGCGCACCUCACCACCUACAAGUAUCAACAUUCGCCUCCAACCCACCCCCUACCCUCUCCAGCCUCACUCACCCCUCGCCCCUUCCCUACUCUCCCAUAGCUCCCCCCACCAACGGAGCGCAGCCGCCUCGGAGGGCUCUGCACAUGCAGGGACCGGGUCUCCACAGGCCACAGCUACCGCAGCCCGCCAACACAGCUGCUGGGAUUCAGCCUCAUUCAAUGACACCCCCACAGCGUCCCCCACUGAAGAGUCUACACAGCAACAGCGAGGAGAUCCAGGACGACUUUGACUGGGACUCUCUGCUCGUUUGACCCUCGCCAUUUGCACGGAGCAACAAUUACAAAAACGAGACAUGUGCGUGGCUGUUUGCUAAGUCUUUGCGGAGGCUGCCUCACGGUUGCAAAUGUUAAUUCUGGGAACAAGUUCGUCAGACGUGACUGAAUUAUAUACAAUAUAUUUCAAACUUAAAAUGACUUUCUCCACUGUUGCUCAAAUUCGUAUGCUGUAGUCGUUUGUUCAGCUUGUCUUAUGUAGGUAAAUGGCAGGCUGUCGGAUUGUAAACUUUAUAAACAUGUUCACCAAAGAAAAUAAAGUGUCUGUUUAUUAUUGUCACAUUAUUGCACGUUAGAAAAUAAAAAUGCAUAUACAGUAUGAGAGCAUUUACUUCAGAGGAAGCAUGAAAAAAACCUCAAACACAAAUCCUGUGUUUUUGUUUUAUUUCAUAAAUUUCUUUUGAUUUUUUUUCCAUUUUACUUUUCAAAUGUGAAUGUUCACAGUCAACACCACACAAAAUUCAACCUUACCCGAUAAAAGAUAUUUUUUUCUUGUUGAUAUAAAAUAACAAUAAAUUCAUCAAACUUAAUUAAAAAGAACAGCAUGGAGCAUGUUGUCAAGUCCCUGUUUUUUCUCCUUUCAUUCACUGAAAUAAUUGUCUUUUUUUUUGUUUGUUUAAGAAGCAUCAGUAGCUCUCCCUCUCCGUAGGAAAGAGGGAUGAAACACAAGGACAGUGUUGCUGUGGGACACCUGCAAGCCAGGAAUCCCGUAUGAAAUGUGUGAUCAGGAAGAAAAACGGCUUCUGAUUAAAAAGACGGUUGUGAAAUAAGAUCGGCAGAAAUGAAAUGUGACCCUUAUAAUACCUCAACUGAGAUCCCAACAUUACAUAUUAUUGAUACAAGAGACUGAUUUGCAAAACCAAAAAUAAUGGAUGUCGCGUCUUCCUUUCUGAGCCACUGAAAUGAGAUCGGACAUAGGGAAAAAUGGAGACAGAUACUACAACAUAUACACAGAAACAGGCAUUUGCACUAUUGCAUACUUGCAUACUCACAAAUGAGCAUUUGUGUUCUCAUUCACACACUGCUGCAAACACACAGAUUCAACAGACAUUUUUCCGUCAUCAGACCACAGGUGUCAGAGCUCUUUAGUUUUCUACAAUAAUCAGAAAGAAAGGAAAAAAAAAAAGAAAAAUAAGCAUUUGAUUUGAAAUGGCAUCAUCACGUGGUUUUCCUUGUUUAUUCGUCCCCGGAAACUGGGAAAAAAUAAAUUACAUUUAACAUUAAAUUAAAUUAAAAGUGAAAUUAUUGAGACAAUUUGACCACAUUGUGCCUGAAAUGUUAAUGCAGGUUUUUCAGUCCGUAUCUCUGUCUGGAGUCCAUUAAAAAUGAUCCUUCAUGCACUCGUUUCAUUUCAGUGAUUCAGCGUUUGUCUUCGUCCUGGAGGGUGAUCGAGGAAGAGGCCGGGACGACAGUUUGAUCUGCUCAGUUUGUUAGUGGCUAUGUCACCCCUCCCUCCAUCUCUCUCAGUGCAGUAAUAUUAGAACAGAGGGACACUACUGAAAUAUCCUGCUCUCACAGACUUACCUUCAUUUCAAGACAGGA